AUGUCGGGGCUCUUUGGCUCCACGGCCAACACCACAACAGCUGCAAGCAACACUGCGGGGGACAUUUCCAAGGACGUCGCUCUCAACUCUCCUCCUGAUGACAGCAUCUCAGAUCUCCGUUUCUCGCCAGCGAGUGAUCAUCUAGCUGUAGCGUCAUGGGACAAAAAAGUUCGCAUUUACGAGAUUAACGAGCAAGGACAGAGUGAGGGAAAGGCCCUUUUUGAGCAUGAGGCACCUGUUUUGAACUGUUGCUGGUCACCGGACGGGACAAAGGUCGUCGGAGCUGGUGCGGACAAGGCUGCUCGUAUGCUCGAUCUCGCCGCCAACGCUACGGCACCUAUCCAGGUCGCUGCUCAUGAUGCCCCAAUCAGAUGCUGCCAUAUGAUCCAGAAUCCGGCUGGUGGUACACCUCUCCUCGUGACAGGUUCCUGGGACAAACAGGUCAAAUAUUGGGAUCUGCGGCAGUCAGCACCCAUUGCUUCACUAGAAUGUCAGGAACGAGUUUACACGAUGGACGUCAAGGACAAACUGCUAGUGAUUGGAACAGCGGAUCGGUACAUCAACAUCGUCGACCUUAACAACCCCACAAAGUUUUACAAAACCAUGCAGUCUCCUCUAAAAUGGCAAACUCGGGUGGUCAGCUGCUUUGCAGACGCGAAUGGCUUUGCUGUCGGAAGUAUUGAAGGUCGCUGCGCUAUCCAGUAUGUGGAAGAAAAGGACUCUAGCUCAAACUUCAGUUUCAAAUGCCAUCGCGAAACGCCCCCCAAUCAGCGCGAUAUCAACAACAUCUACUCUGUCAAUGCCAUUUCCUUCCAUCCCGUCCAUGGUACCUUCAGUACAGCUGGUGCGGACGGAACUUUCCACUUCUGGGACAAGGAUGCCAAACACCGUCUGAAGGGGUAUCCCAGCGUCGGUGGGACAAUUUCCAGUACGGCUUUCAACCGCUCUGGUAACAUAUUCGCCUAUGCCGUGAGCUACGACUGGAGUAAAGGAUACUCGGCAAACACCCCACAGCUUCCCAACAAAGUCAUGCUUCAUCCAGUUGCGCAGGAUGAAGUGAAGCCCAGGCAGAACGCUAGGAGGCGAUGA